GUGUCUCGCUCUGCUGCCUAGGUUGGAGUGCAGUGAUGCAAUUUCAGCUCACUGCAACCUCUGCCUCCUGGGUUCAAGCGAUCCUCCUGCCUCAGCCUCCCAAGUAGCAGGGAAUACAGUAACAGCGGGAUCAUGAAGCCGCCACUCUUGGUGUUUACCGUGUAUCUGCUAUGGUUGAAAGAUUGUCACUGUGCACCUACUUGGAAGGACAAAGCUGCGAUCAGUGAAAACCUGAAGAGUUUUUCUGAAGUGGGGGAGAUAGAGGCAGAUGAAGAGGUGAAGAAGGCUUUGAUUGGUAUUAAGCAGAUGAAAAUCAUGAUGGAAAGAAAAGAGAGGGAACACACCAAUCUAAUGAGCACACUGAAGAAAUGCAGAGAGGAAAAGCAGGAGGCCCUGAAACUUCUGAAUGAAGUUCAAGAACACCUGGAGGAAGAAGAAAAGCUAUGCCAGGUGUCUUUGGCCGAUUCCUGGGAUGAAUGCAAGUCUUGCCUGGAAAAUAACUGCAUGAGAAUUUAUACAGCCUGUCAGACUAGUUGGUCCUCUGUGAAAAAUAAGAUUGAACGGUUUUUCAGGAAGAUAUAUCAAUUUCUAUUUUCUUUCCAUGAAGAUAAUGAAAAAGAUCUUCCCAUCAGUGAAAAGCUCAUUGAGGAAGAUGCACAACUGAUGCAAAUGGAGGACGUGUUCAGCCAGCUGACUGUGAAUGUGAAUUCUCUCUUUAAUAGGAGUUUUAACGUCUUCAAACAGAUGCAGCAAGAAUUUGACCAGACUUUUCAAUCACAUUUCAUAUCAGAUACAGAGCUAACUGAGCCUUACUUUUUUCCAGCUUUCUCUAAAGAGACAAUGACAAAAGCAGAUCUUGAGCAACCUUGGGACAUUCCCAACUUCUUCCAGCUGUUUUGUAAUUUCAGUCUUUCUAUUUAUGAAAGUGUCAGUGAAACAAUUACUGAGACACUGAAGGCAAUAGAUCUACCAAAACAAGACAAAGCCCCUGACAACGGAAGCCUGAUUUCAAAGAUGGUACCUGGGCAGGACACAGGACUGUGUGGGGAACUUGGCCAGAAUUUGUCCGGAUGUUUCAGAUUUCAUGAAAAAUGCCAAAAAUGUCAGGCUCACCUGUCUGAAGACUGUCCUCACAUACUUGCCCUGCACACGGAAUUAGACGAGGCCAUCAGGCUGGUCAACAUAUCCAAUCAGCAGUACAGCCAGAUUCUCCAGCUGACCCAGAAGCACUUGGAGGACACUGCCUGCCUGGUGGAGAAGAUGAGAGGGCAAUUCGGCUGGGUGUCUGAACUGGCAGACCAGACUCCAGAAACAGAGAUCAUCUUUAAUUCAUUACAGGUAGUUCCAAGGAUUCAUGAAGGAAGUAUUUCCAAACAAGAUGAAGCUAUGAUGACAGACGUAAGCAUUCUUCCUUCUUCUAAUUUCACACUCAAGAUCCCUCUUGAAGAAAGUGCUGAGAGUUCUACCUUCAUUGGCUACGUAGUGGCAAAAGCUCUACAGCAUUUUAAGGAACAUCUUAAAACUUGGUAAGAAGAUCUAGUGCAUCCUAUAUCCAGGAAGUAAAAUUAUCUCUUCAUCUGGGACCAGGAAAUCCUGAAAUAAAAAAGGAUAAUGCAAUAAACAUAGUUGCAGGAAAGUACGUUAGCUAUAUAUUAUGAAGUACUCUUAGUUUACUUAUGUUGAACAGCUUAGCUAUUAAUACUCAAAUUGAGUUAAAAUUAAAAUUCCUUCUUAAAAAAAUCAAAUAUAAUAUGUGUUACGUUUUAUAGUACUUUAGUAGUUCUUUGUAUAAUGAAUAAAUACUAAAUCACCUAGGUGUCUAUGUUGUAUCACUUCUACAAACAUGUCACUUUCUAAUUAACAAAUUGUUCUUCCUUUAGUUUGCUUUUGCACUUAAAAUAUAUAUAAUUG